UCUGGGCCGCUGGGGGACUUGUGGUCAGUGUCCUUCUUCCGGCCACGGUGGGCGGGACUGACGCGUGGUGCAAUCCGAGUUCGUCUCUCUCCGCGGCUUCUAAGCUCUGAGUUUUUAGACCAUGGGGCAGCAGGAUGUGUGGCGGCUCCUGACGAGGAAUGAGUUCCUGAGACACUUGGGAAGACGGUAUUUAGUUUCGGAAGAAACUGCCAAAGUCCAUUAACAUGGCUGUGUCAUUUCAUGCUGUACCUGUCAACAGUUUAGUUCAUUCAAAAGAACCAGUAUCAUUUUGCAACAUUUGAGAAUGUCUGCACACAUAGAUGCAGCGGGAGAAGUGCUGCUGGAAAGAAAAGGUUGUGCAGGAGUAAUAACGAUGAACAGACCAAAGCACCUCAACGCACUGACGCUCAGUAUGAUUCGGCAGAUUUACCCACAGCUCAAGAAAUGGGAACAAGAUCCUGAAACGUUCCUGAUCAUUAUAAAGGGAUCUGGAGGAAAGGCUUUCUGUGCUGGAGGUGAUAUAAAAGCAAUCUCAGAAGCUAAAAAAGCAAAACAGAAUUUGUCUCAAGAUUUUUUCAGAGAAGAAUAUAUCCUGAACAAUGCCAUCGCUUCUUGUCAGAAACCAUAUGUUGCCCUUAUUGAUGGAAUCACAAUGGGUGGGGGAGUUGGUGUCUCAGUUCAUGGUCGAUUCCGAGUGGCCACGGAAAGGUCUCUCUUUGCAAUGCCAGAAACAGGAAUAGGACUAUUCCCUGAUGUGGGUGGAGGUUAUUUCUUGCCAAGACUUCAAGGGAAACUGGGUUACUUCCUUGCAUUGACAGGAUUCAGACUAAAAGGAAGAGAUAUGCAUACUGCAGGAAUUGCUACACACUUUGUAGAUUCUGAAAAGUUACACAUGUUAGAAGAAGAUUUGUUAUCCUUGAAGUCUCCUUCAGAAGAAAAUAUUGCAGAUGUCUUAGAAGCCUACCAUGCAGAGCAGUCCAUGAUGGAUCGAGGCAAAUCUUUUAUACUUGAAGAACACAUGGACAAAAUAAACAGGUGUUUCUCAGCCAAUACUGUGGAACAGAUUAUUGAAAACCUACGGCAGGAUGGUUCACCUUUUGCCAUAGAGCAGUUGAAGGUAAUUAAUAGAAUGUCUCCGACAUCCCUAAAGAUAACACUAAGGCAGCUCAUGGAGGGCUCUUCAAAGACCUUGCAGGAAGUACUAACUAUGGAAUAUCGGCUAACUCAAGCAUGUAUGGGAGGUCAUGACUUUCAUGAAGGUGUCAGAGCCGUUCUAAUUGAUAAAGACCAGAGUCCAAAAUGGAAACCAGCUGAUCUUAAAGAAGUCACUGAUGAAGAUUUAAAUCGUUAUUUUAAAUCCCUGGGAAGCAAUGAUUUGAAAUUCUGAGGUGGCCAGACUUCUAAGGUAUAUUUUGGAGCAAGGAUCAGCAAGUCACAUCAGGGCCAGAUCUGGCAUGUUGCCUGUUUUCAAAUGGUCUGCAGGCUAGGAAGGGUCUUUGCAUCUUGAAAUGAUUGGGAAAAGACAUCAAAAGACUAAUAUUUCAUGAUAUGACAGUUACAUGGAGUUCAAAUAUCAGUCAGUGUUGGUAAAGCUUCAUUGCAACAUAACUUUACUCAUGUUAUUUAUGACUGCUGUGAGUGGCUACAGCACAGAUUGGAUAACCUGCAAAGCCUCAAGUGUUUACCGUGAUCUUGAUCAGAAAUGGGUUAUUAGCUUUUUUUAGAAGAUGGAAAAUUUCUAAGGGUUGUAGAGAUUCUUGAGUUACUACAUCUAAUUAAAAUGGGAACUUUGCUUUUCAAUAUGGUUUAUAUGUUAGCAAAAUUGUAUAUAUCAUACUAUGAUUGUAAAAAAUAAAGACCCUGAAAUUUGGA